CACAAGUCACAACCGUAAUUGACUAAUUCUAACCCCCGGUCCCUCCGCGUUGCCUUCGCCACCUCAUUUACCUUCUUCUUUUUCUUCGAACCUCGCUUCUCGAUUUCUCUCCCUAAAAUUAAAUUUCUCCCCUUUCUCCUCCUCUAACGGGUUCGGAUUCGGGUUCGAUAUACGAUGGCGAAUCCGGAAGAAUCCAGCCCUCUCCUCAGCAACCCGCGACGUCCAGGACAAGAUGCCGAUCCCCGACACCAAGCGGCUCGCCGCCGGCGAAGGCCGCGCAGCCGUAUUCGAAGGAAGCGCCGCGAGUGGACGGCGAGGGGCUUCGCGUUUUCAACUGCAGCGUCGUCGGCGAGCGUUGUGGGGGCGGCGCGAGCAGUGGACUCGAGCCUCUUUGCUUGCCUCGGACGCAACGAUGAGUUCUGCAGCAGCGAUCUCGAAGUCUGUCUUCUUGGAGGUUUUGCUCCUUGUGUGCUUUAUGGAAGUAACGCUGAGAGGCUUGGAUCUGGACCUGGGUCAUUUGCAAACAGCUGUUUGCCUUAUGCUGGUCUUUAUAUGCUUGGUAACACUGUUGUCGGCGGGAAUUGUAUAGCACCAUGGUUCUCAUAUCCAAGCCGCACAGCUAUUCGUCAUAAAUUCAAUCUGGAGGGAACUUGUGAGGCACUGGCGAGAUCAUGUGGAUUGUGCUCCAGCAUCAUACAAGAUGAAGCAAAGCUUGAGCAGAUGGAAUCAGCUUGUGAUUUUGCUACUCAUUUCUUCUGCCACCCGUGCUCUCUUUGUCAGGAAGGGCGUGAGCUUCGUCGCAGGAUGCCUCACCCUGGCUUUAAUGCUCGAUCUCUCAUGGUUAUGGUGCCGCCCACCGAGCAGAGGAUGGGUCGUGGUGGCAUGUAAUAAAUUCUUUCACCAAUCAACUCUUUAGGAAAUGGACAUUUGUAAAGUUUGAUAUGAGGGGGCAACUCAUUUUGCUAAACAAGCUGUUAAGAGAUAGCAUAGUGUGACUCAUCCUGCUAGUCACAUCUUAGCAGUUGGGUCUCAUUCUUAUGUUUUAAUAACUUGUUUUCCUGAACGACGGGACAACUUGUAUUCGGUAUCAUCUAAACUCCUAUGUUUGCAUCAAGCUUAUUUUAUAGGCUUGACUAAGACUGUAUCUCGUUAUUACUUUGCAAUGGUUUCUGAAAACCUUGUAUGACUAUCUUUUGUUGUAUGAUGUUUAUUGUAAGCUGCUUAUAUAUCGUCAAUUUGCAUCUCCGCCCCUUCUGUUC